ACAGGCUCCUCCCACCCCCACAACCGUCCACCCCUCCUCAGCCCAGCAAGUUCCAGAAGAGCCAGGAGAAUACGCAGAGGGGCGGCAUCCAGGACGCUGAUUGGACCAAGUCAGCCUGGGGGCAGGACAAAAGGAGAACUCCCUGGAAUGUUCCCGACCAGGCAGCCCCGCCGAGCUCGGUGAUUGGGUGAGCCGGGGGAAGGAGGGGCUCGAUGAAGAAUUACAAAUGCGGAGCCGCGGCCGCGGAGAAACGGCGAGCCUGCGGAGACGAGAUAGUUGUCACGGUGUCGUCAGCUGUUCCUGAGCGCGGCUUCCACAGACCCAGCGCCUCCUCGGACCAGCCCCUGCGGCGGCGGCGUUCAGUUUCCGGUUCGGAGAGGACCGAGCUUCUCGUCGCGGACCCAGGCCGCGGUUCUCCAGGCCCGAACCUCAGCGCGGCGCGACAGAGCAGGACACCGGCAUGGCGAAAACCACGGCCAUCGGCAUCGACCUGGGCACCACCUACUCGUGCGUGGGGGUGUUCCAGCACGGCAAGGUGGAGAUCAUCGCCAACGACCAGGGCAACCGCACCACCCCCAGCUACGUGGCCUUCACCGACACCGAGCGGCUGAUCGGGGAUGCGGCCAAGAACCAGGUGGCGCUGAACCCGCAGAACACCGUGUUCGACGCCAAACGGUUGAUCGGCCGCAAGUUCGGCGACCCGGUGGUGCAGUCGGACAUGAAGCACUGGCCUUUCCAGGUGAUCAACGACGGCGAGAAGCCCAAGGUGCAGGUGAGCUACAAGGGGGAGACGAAGGCGUUCUACCCCGAGGAGAUCUCGUCCAUGGUGCUGACCAAGAUGAAGGAGAUCGCCGAGGCGUACCUGGGCUACCCGGUGACCAACGCGGUGAUCACCGUGCCGGCCUACUUCAACGACUCGCAGCGCCAGGCCACCAAGGAUGCGGGGGUGAUCGCGGGGCUGAACGUGCUGAGGAUCAUCAACGAGCCCACGGCGGCCGCCAUCGCCUACGGCCUGGACCGGACGGGCAAGGGGGAGCGCAACGUGCUCAUCUUCGACCUGGGCGGGGGCACGUUCGACGUGUCCAUCCUGACGAUCGACGACGGCAUCUUCGAGGUGAAGUCCACGGCGGGGGACACCCACCUGGGAGGGGAGGACUUUGACAACAGGCUGGUGAACCACUUCGUGGAGGAGUUCAAGAGGAAGCACAAGAAGGACAUCAGCCAGAACAAGCGAGCCGUGAGGCGGCUGCGCACCGCCUGCGAGCGGGCCAAGAGGACCCUGUCGUCCAGCACGCAGGCCAGCCUGGAGAUCGACUCCCUGUUCGAGGGCAUCGACUUCUACACGUCCAUCACCAGGGCCCGGUUCGAGGAGCUGUGCUCGGACCUGUUCCGUGGCACCCUGGAGCCGGUGGAGAAGGCCCUGCGUGACGCCAAGCUGGACAAGGCCCAGAUCCACGACCUGGUCCUGGUGGGGGGCUCCACCCGCAUCCCCAAGGUGCAGAAGCUGUUGCAGGACUUCUUCAACGGGCGCGACCUCAACAAGAGCAUCAACCCCGACGAAGCGGUGGCCUACGGGGCGGCGGUGCAGGCGGCCAUCCUGAUGGGGGACAAGUCUGAGAACGUGCAGGACCUGCUGCUGCUGGACGUGGCUCCCCUGUCGCUGGGGCUGGAGACGGCCGGGGGCGUGAUGACCGCCCUGAUCAAGCGCAACUCCACCAUCCCCACCAAGCAGACGCAGAUCUUCACCACCUACUCGGACAACCAGCCCGGGGUGCUGAUCCAGGUGUACGAGGGCGAGAGGGCCAUGACGAAGGACAACAACCUGCUGGGGCGCUUCGACCUGAGUGGCAUCCCCCCGGCCCCCAGGGGCGUGCCCCAGAUCGAGGUGACCUUUGACAUCGACGCCAACGGCAUCCUGAACGUCACGGCCAUGGACAAGAGCACGGGCAAGGCCAACAAGAUCACCAUCACCAACGACAAGGGCCGCCUGAGCAAGGAGGAGAUCGAGCGCAUGGUGCAGGAGGCCGAGAGGUACAAAGCCGAGGACGAGGUGCAGCGCGAGAAGGUGUCUGCCAAGAACGCCUUGGAGUCCUACGCCUUCAACAUGAAGAGCGCUGUGGAGGAUGAAGGGCUCAAGGGCAAGAUCAGCGAGGCGGACAAGAAGAAGGUGCUGGACAAGUGCCAGGAGGUGAUUUCCUGGCUGGACGCCAACACCCUAGCGGAGAAGGAGGAGUUUGAGCACAAGAGGAAGGAGCUGGAGCAGGUGUGUAACCCCAUCAUCAGCGGACUGUACCAGGGGGCGGGUGGCCCCGGGGCUGGUGGCUCUGGGUCUGGCCCCACCAUUGAGGAGGUCGAUUAGGAGGCUUUUUCCAGAUUGCUCACGUAUGGUUUGGAGACAGAUAAGAUUCAACACUGCAUUGCCCUAUAUUUGCCUCUCAUCUGCUCUCAACUUUGCAACUUGCUGGGGAAGUUGACCCACGUGUCUGUUGGUGAAGUUACGAACGUGCUUUUUUUUUUUCUGUGUAAAGCUAGAAAUCAGUUUAUACUGCCAUUUUUAGUCCCUUUUAACUUUUAUUUUUUUGUUAUACUCAUACCAACUCAGGCCUUUCUUUUUAUUUUUUUUUUAA